AGAGAGAGAGUAAGAGAGUAAGAGAGUGAGUAGUACUCCAAUAGGCACCCGUGGGAACAAGCUCACAUCCAAUCCACAGGCUGCCCGCUGAUUCAAUCUUACUCAUUUUGGGAAUAUCGAUCCGGUUUGAUCAAUAUACGGAUACCUUUCGAUAAACUUGGCGCUCUCCGCAGCAUCCUAUCUCGCUUUUUAUGAGCCGGAUAAGAUGGUAAUAACGCAACUGACGUCCCCUGCGGUUCAUUCAUAAGUGGUGACAAGUCGUCCUCUGGCCCUGGAUGUGCGACAGGUCGGUCGAACAGGACGAGCCGCUCGAGGAAUACAAAUUGUACUUGUGUGUGUGUGUGUGUGUCUGUGUGUGUGUGUGUCUGUGUGUGUGUGUGAGAGAGAGAGAAAACGUCCGGCGAAGGACCAUGAGUCAGGCCGCCGAUGUGCAGCGUUAAAACCGAGAAGAUUUAGUGUUUCCUCGCUGUCCACCACCGGCUAAAGUGACGGUCCGAAGACUUAAAGCAGAGUGUGUGUAUGUGUGUGUGUAUGUGUGUGUGAGCUGAAGUCAAACGGAGGGAUGACAGUCAAACUGGACUUCGAGGAGUGUUUGAAAGACUCCCCGCGCUUCAGAGCGGAUAUCGAAGUCGUCCAAAACGAUGUGAGCGAACUCGAGACAAGACUAGACAAGCUUGUGAAACAAUGCCAGGCCAUGCUGGAGGCAGGCAGAGUCUACUGCCAGACCAGCAAGAGCUUCGUCAACGGCCUCCGGGAGCUGGGACCCCAGUGCUCCGGGGACAAUAUGAUGGAGGAGUGUUUGGGCACAUUUUCCAAAAAGCUGUCUAUUAUCCUGGAGGCGCAGGGGGAAGUGAUUGAGACCACACAGAAGUCAGUCAAGACAAAGCUGCAGACCUUUGUGAAAGAAGAUGUUCGUCGGUUCAAAGAUGUGCGCAAGGAGUUUGAGCGCAGCAGUGAAACCCUGGAGGGGGCGCUGGCCAGAAAUGCUCAGGCGCCACGGGGGAAGCAACAUGAAGUGGAGGAGGCGAGUAAUGCUCUGCUCAACGCACGCAGGACCUUUCGGUCUGAGGCCCUGGACUAUGUCCUGGAGAUUAAUGUCAUUGAGGCCAAGAAGAAGACAGACAUUCUGAUGGCAAUGUUGUCGCUGAUGGAGGCCCAGGCACAGUUCUUCCAACUAGGUCACCAGUCACUGUCAGAACUGGACGACUAUCGACGGAAACUGAAUGAAGAGCACACUCAGUUCGUCCUGAACUCGGCCAGAGAGAAGAGGGACAUGGAGCAAAGACAUGCUGCCGUCAAGAAAAAGGAUGUGUCCUACGAUGACUCCAUCAUGGAUUUUAAUGCUGAUGCAGCUAAUGGGAUCGCCAUGGAAGGAUACCUCUAUAAGAGAGCCAGCAACGCCUUCAAGACCUGGAGCAGACGCUGGUUUUCAAUUCAAAAAAAUCAGCUGGUGUAUCAGAAGAAAUUCAAGGACCAGCCCACAGUUGUCGUGGAGGAUUUGCGUCUUUGCACAGUCAAGCCCAGCUCCGAAAACGAGAGACGGUUCUGCUUUGAAGUGGUCUCCCCGUCAAAGUGUUGUCUGUUGCAGGCGGACUCAGAAAGACAGCAGCAAGCAUGGAUCAGUGCCGUCCAAAACAGCAUCGCCUCAGCCUUCCAGGAGCGCAGAGAGGACCCACACAGCCCAAGACAGCGCUGCAGCUCGAUGUCGACGAGCACUUUGGCAAGCGGGGGAGGAGGAGGAGGCGUAGAUCAGGAGUGCGUGGGCUACAAGGCGCUGGAGGAGGUUCAGGCGAUCCCGGGGAACCGGCAGUGCUGCGACUGCGGAGAGCCCGGUCCUGAUUGGGCCUCCAUCAACCUGGGCAUCACACUUUGUAUUGUCUGCUCAGGGAUACACAGGAGCCUGGGAGUCCAUUUCUCCAAAGUGCGCUCCCUGACUCUGGACUCCUGGGAGCCAGAGCUCAUUAAGUUGAUGUGUGAACUAGGAAACACAGUAAUCAACAGGAUCUACGAGGCCCGGAUCGAUGAGAUCACCAUCAAGAAGCCACAUCCGUCCAGUCCCAGAGGAGACAAGGAGUCUUGGAUAAAAUCAAAGUACGUUGAAAAGAAGUUCAUCCAAAAGCUGCCAGAGACCGGACGAAACCCCCCGCUGAGGCGAUCCAGCGCCAGGAGGAACCGGGCGGCCACGCAGGAGCGGACUGCACAGCGGCCGCCGCUCAAGCCCAAACCGAACCGAGCCACUCUGCCUCGGGUCACAGGGCUCAGCCCCAGUGACCUUGUCCAAAAGAACAAUACAAGCUUUUACAAAGAUGUGGACGAGGAAGAGGAGGAUCUGAGCGGACUUCACCCGGGAGCGCUGUUGUACCGAUCGGCGGCCCUGCAGAACUUCCCAGUCAUGGCCGACGCUUUGGCUCACGGCGCCGACGUCAACUGGGUCAAUGUGGCUGAGGAGUCCAGCACACCGCUGAUACAGGCCGUCUCAGCGAACGCCCUGGCAGCCUGCGAGUUCCUGCUGCAGAACAGCGCCAACGUCAACCAGGUCGACAGCAACGGGAGAGGACCGCUGCACCACGCCACCAUCCUGGGUCACACUGGGUUGGUUUGUCUGUUUUUAAAGCGAGGUGCGGACUACAACGCCAGAGACAAGAACCAGAAAGACCCUAUAACUAUCGCCGUGGACAACGCCAACGCCGACAUCGUCACCCUGCUGAGGAUUGCCAAAAUGAACAAGGAGAUGCGGGAGAUGGAUGGAGCAUUUGGCCAAUCAGGUGAUGAAACCUACCAGGAUAUCUUCAGAGACUUUUCACACAUGGCCUCAAACAACCCCGAGAAGCUCAAACGCCGCAGCGCAGACCCCAAAUCUUAACCAGCUGUUCCUCAACCUGUCGUACAAUGCUACAUUUCACACUUCAGCCGGACAUACUUGGAAAACACAUACAUGCUAGCAUUCAGCUCACAGGCGCGCACACACACACACACACACACACACACACACACACACACACACACACACACACACACACACACACACACAUACAUACACAGAUUUUCCCUGGCUGCCUGCCACACGUUCAGUCAUAGCUCAGCUGGUGUUGACUUCAGAGGGACGGACGCUCCCAACAGUGAAUUCUUUGUGCAAACACGUCAGAGCAGAACAAUUGUGUCCAAGUGGAAACACUGGAACAGCUUUAUGAGACCAGCAUGAGGUGUCUUUAUGUCUAGCAGAGGGUAACACCAUCACUCUGCCAAGAUUUCCUAAUUAAAUCCAGUAAAUGUAUUGUUUUUUUUUUUUAAACCAAAAAGGGCUGAGUUUUUAUGUUCCUUUAGCAUUUGAAAUGACUCGAUACCUGAAAAUAAAGUGAAGAUGUUUAGUGAAAAUGGACGUAAUUGUGGCAAAAAGGUGAAAUUUUAUGUCAAUUGAAAUUGAAUUUUUUUUUAUAUUUGGAACAUUUUUCGACGCUGUUCAAGUCUGUUUUGUCGAUUGAUGUGAGGUACUUCAGAUUUGUAACAUGAUAUGAUAAAUAAAACGUAAUACAAAACUUA